CUUUAAUCCAAUUUAAAAUCCAUGAAAGUUGUCUUCUUUCUUGUUUAUUUAGAGUACUAAUAGUUAUAGCUUUCUUCAGUACGAUACAUUUUGUUCUAGCAUUCAUAGGCAGCUCUUUAUUCUCUCUCUCUCUCUCUCUCUCUCUCGUUUUGCAAUGGAGCCCUUCAGAACUUUUUAUGGCAUAGAAGGAUGCAGCAGCAGUGAAUCAGGGUGGACAACAUACAUUGGCUCUCCCAUGCAAGAAGAUGAGCCCGAAUGCAGCAAUAUUGAAGACGUCGGUUACGAAAACCAUCAUCACAUCGCAUAUCUCACCAGAAAAAAAGUUGGCAAAGAUGACAACGAGAGUGAUGAUUCAAUGGCUUCUGAUGCUUCUUCUGGCCCAAGUCAUCAUCAUGAUCUCGUGCCUUCGCGCAGUAAAGACGGUAAAGGCACCGCUCGUUCCAAACGCGAUAACAACAAGCAAUCUAGGCACAAGAGCACAAGUAAACCAGAGAAGAAAACUGGUGAAAAGAGUACCAAAAGGAAGUGAUGUGAAAUCAGCGCUAAUAAACUUUGAUCGUGUCGUCGAGUCCUGGCUCAAAGGGUACUGCAGAUUAUAGUUGUUAAUUAAAACUAUAAGCUUGCAAAUGAAGAAGAAGAUGUAUAUUUGUUCUUACAUGUAGAAUACACAAAUGGAAGGAUAUAUAUUUCUCUUUUCUUCCACGAUA